AUGGACUCUGCCGAUACUAAGUUCCAUACGCCAAGGAAGGAACGCCUCGAGAAGAUUGCUCGAGGUGUUCGUAAUAAGCUGACAUUUCGGCAUCUAUGGAGGACGAUUCGUCGAUUCCUACCAAUCAUCAACUGGCUACCUCAGUAUGAAUGGAAGCGAUCGUUUUUCGGUGAUCUCAGUGGAGGUCUAACUAUGGCUGUUUUCGCUGUACCUAGAGGUAUUGCACAAGCAUCGAUCACAGGUGUUGAUCCAGUGUACGGUCUUUACACGGCUAUCUUUCCCUCUUUCAUAUACAUAUUUUUUGGAACAUCGAAGCAUAAUUCGUUGGUUGCUGAUAUUCUCAGUGUCCAAUGCUCACAGCCACCAUAUUUAUCGCUUCAUGUGAUUAUCAUAUCAACGCCAAUUUCAGGUGGUUUCGUUGUACUAUCACUGAUGACCCGAGCAGCAAUCGAGAAGGUCAUGCUUAUGCAAGCUUCCAUGAAUACAUGGGAUAACAGCACAACGGAUAUCUUCAACACAACUAAUCCAAAUCAUUUUGCCAUGCCAUUUGAGCCCGAUGGCAUGAAUGAAACAGAUUUUGAAUUCACAAACGAUGAAAUCAACGCUAACGUUUGGGAAGCGUCUCAAGAUUCCGUAAAGCCAAUAGAAGUUGCAGCAACAUUGGUCUUUCUGAGUGCUUGCAUUCAGGUGAAUCUCAUGAACUUUUCAGAUAAUCCACUUGGCACUCUCUUGAUCACAUAUUUUUAUUUGCAGAUUUUGAUGGGUAUAUUGAGAUUCGAGCACCUUACAUGUUACUUCUCUCAACAGGUCAUGUCAGGUUUUGUGGUUGGUGGCUGUGUGCAUGUGUUUUUUGCGCAAAUCGGCGAUAUUUUGGGAAUUCAGCUGGAGAAACGAGCUGGACCCGGCUAUCUUUAUUAUAGAGUACAAGACUUGUUCACACAUCUGAAUGAGACGAAACCAGCAACUGUUACGAUGAGCGCAAUGUCAAUCACCUUCUUACUCUUUGGCAAAGAGAUUCUUCAACCAUGGCUAUCGCAAAUCUUCCUUUUCCCGAUCCCGUACGACCUUAUACUUGCAAUCGUUGCCAUAACAGCUACAAAUUUCGCAGAACUUGCCGAUCGCCAUCAGAUUAUCGUAGUCGGCAAUAUACCGACCCGAUUUCCACCUCCAUCGUUGCCUCGUUUCGAUCUGCUCCCAUCAGUUUGUAUUGAUGCGCUCAGUAUCGCUGCAAUCGCAGUGGCCAUUCAUGUGACUGUGGCAAAAAUUGUUGAGAAACGCUAUGAAUACAACAUAAAAUGUGGACAGGAAUUUUAUGCGCUUGGCUUUGUUGGCUUAUUGUCUUCUCUAUUUCCGGUUUUUCCGGUCACAUCUGGCUUUGUCCGAACUGUAAUCGGUAAAGCAGUUGGUGGAUGCACCCAGCUCACUUCACUGUUCUCUGCGCUUGCCCUGGUUUCUGUUAUUCUAUACAUUGGACCAGCUCUCGAAUAUCUUCCAAAGUGUGUUCUCGCCUCAAUGAUCAUGGUUACAAUGAAGUCGUAUAUACUGAAAUUCACUGAACUUCGAAAACUUUGGCCAGUUUUUAAAAUCGAUUGUCUGAUUUGGAUCAUGAGUAUGCUGCUAACAAUUUGUUACGAUAUGGCUGAAGGCCUCGCAUUAGCUAUUGCAUUCGCCCUCUUAACGACUAUUUUCCGGAAUCAGUGGCUUCGCUGGCAUGUGCUAUCGAAGAAUGACGAUGGCGAUUUUCGUGAAACAAAGAAGAGGCAACUUGAGUUCAUCGAAGGGGACACUUGCAUCUUCAGGCUGGAUGGACCGCUGAUCUUUACGAGUGUUGAUCGAUUCGUAGUGACCCUGCGAGAGUGCGUAAAAAAAUGGCGACAAAAGCACUCGCAAAGAAGUUUCGUCACCAUUGAAGAAAUGAAUCGUCAGUGUGCGCAGCACAUGAGCAUUAGUGGUUUUUCACAGGAGUAUGGGACGGAACAUGAGAUCACAGAUGAAGAGCAACUUGAACCAGGAGAUUCCAACGAAUCUAACAAUAAGCGAAGUUCUACAUCUAAUGUCGAUCUUGCUCAGCGAAAGCCAUUAAAAUACGAGUUCUCAUUGGUCAUUGAUUGCUCCGGAUUUCCAUAUGUCGAUUAUCUUGGACUGGACACCAUUAAAAAGAUGUACACGGAGUUGAGCAGGGACGGCAUUGACGUUUAUUUGGCUGAAGCACGAGAAGAUCUGAGGAAAAUGUUCGAGCAGACUGAUUUCUACAAAGUGGUUGAUCGUGCACAACUCUUUACACACCUUUCAGAUGCCGUCAACGCUUCUGAGGAGAAAAGGAAACAAUCAUCUGUCGUGUUGCCGGAUUCGCAACAAAUCGAGCAGCAAGAUUCUGAAAAUGACACAAAAGUCGUGGACGUCGUCGCGAGUGAUGAAGCAAUCGUCGAUUUGAAGUUGCAAUUGGCUAUCGGUAUUUGA